GUAAAUAUGAAAAUGACAAGGUAAUCAGUUGUAAAUAAUACAACAAAUUGUAUGAUUGUAAGAUAUGAUCUAACCCUUCCUAGCAACAAUCGAAGGGAUGGGGACAAAGUGAGGAAUCGAAGCGAGACAGGUGAAGACAGGGAGACAGAGAGAGAGAAACAGUGUGAAGAUUCUUGACUAUGAUCGAGGCUCCCAAUUAUCUGCUGUCAGCUAGGGAGGGAAGAAUUGGGGAGAGAAAGAAGAGAGAGACAACCACAAAAUGGGUAGAACUAAAAGAGAGGAUGAAAGAGAAUAAAUAGAAGGCAGACAAUUGAAGCAGUAUUGUGAAGAUUGUUGGAUUUGUGUCAAAUUUCCAAUGAUCUGUUGCCUACGAAUGAGGGGAGGAGGAUAGAGGGGUGAGGAAAAGAAAGAGGGAGAGGGGAAGACGAAAAGCGAGGGCGAGCGAGAAAGACCUCAGCAGGCAGUGUUGGACAGAGAGGCUGCAGAUUCCUCUCUGGCUCCAUUGAGCAUACUGAGUGGCAGAUCUGCAUGUUGAAGCAGCCCAUUGAAACACAGAGCAGCUCACAGCACACUGCACAUUGCAUAUUCACAGCACGUCCCUAGCUUUUUUUUUUUCUUUUUGCCUCAGCCUCUGUAGGAACAGAUAGGAAAAAGAAAGACAGAGAGAGAGAGAGGGAGAACCAGCAAUCCUUAAACUCAGCCUUUUUUCUCCUUACGGAUGUGCUAAAUAUUCUCCUUCAUACUGCUUUGCUAAUCAAUUAGCAAUGAAACCAUCUCCAGCAGAAAGUCGUCUUAAAGGACGGAUGUCGUGGAUACUUCUUCUAAGCACAAUUGCUCUUGCAUGGACUACGCCAAUUCCCUUGAUUGAGGAUUCAGAGGAAAUAGACGAGCCCUGCUUUGAUCCUUGCUACUGUGAAGUAAAGGAAAGCCUUUUCCACAUUUAUUGUGACAAUAAAGGAUUUACAAAUAUUAGCCAGAUCACCGAAUCCUGGUCAAGACCUUUUAAACUAUAUCUUCAAAGAAAUUUGAUGAGAAAAUUGUACACCAACAGUUUUCUCCACUUGAACAAUGCUGUGUCUAUUAAUCUUGGAAAUAACGCAUUGCAAGACAUUCAGGCAGGAGCCUUUAAUAGUAUGAAAGUUUUGAAGAGGUUGUACUUGCAUGAGAACAAAUUGGACAUCUUUAGAAAUGAUACAUUUAUGGGGUUAGAAAGCUUGGAAUACUUGCAAGCAGAUUAUAAUGUUAUUAAAAAGAUUGAGAGUGGGGCCUUCAGAAAUUUGAAUAAAUUGAGGGUAUUAAUCUUAAAUGAUAAUCAUAUCCCUUUACUUCCAACAAAUUUAUUCAAGUCUGUGUCUUUAACACAUUUGGACUUACGUGGGAACCGGCUAAAGGUCCUUUCUUACAGAGGUAUGCUAGACCAUAUUGGAAGGAGCAUUAUGGAGAUUCAGCUGGCUGAGAAUCCUUGGAACUGCACCUGUGAGAUAGUGCAGUUAAAGAGCUGGCUGGAACGGAUACCAUAUACUGUUCUGGUAGGAGAUAUAACAUGUGAAAGUCCCUUUCACUUUCAUGGCAAAGAUCUACGAGAUAUUAAACGCAGUAAACUCUGUCCCUUAUUGUCAGAAAGUGAAGUCGAAGCAAGUCUGGGCAUCCCCCAGUUACCAUCCAGCAAAGAAAAUGCUUGGCCGACUAAACCAUCUUCUAUGUUGUCCUCUUUUCAUGUAACUGCUUCAUCUGUGGAAUACAAGACAGCCAAUAAACAGCCAACAACAACCAGACAGCCUAGGGUCCCGAAACCCCCACCUACACCAAGAGGCCUCUACCCCGGCCCAAACCAACCUCCGAUAGCUGGAUACCAGACGAGACCACCUAUUCCAAUUAUAUGUCCCACUGGAUGCUCUUGUAGCUUGCACAUCAAUGACUUGGGAUUGACUGUGAAUUGUAAAGAAAGAGGAUUUCAUAAUAUUUCAGAACUCCUACCGAGACCACUAAAUGCUAAAAAACUCUAUUUGAGUGGAAACCUAAUACAAAAAAUCUACAGGUCUGAUUUUUGGAAUUUUUCAUCUUUGGAUUUGUUACACCUUGGAAAUAAUCGCAUAUCGUACGUUCAGGAUGGGGCCUUUAUUAAUCUCCCAAAUUUAAAAAGUUUGUACCUGAAUGGUAAUGACAUUGAGAGGUUGACACCUGGUAUGUUCAGAGGUUUACAGAGUUUGCAUUAUUUAUAUUUUGAGUAUAACAUGAUAAGGGAAAUCCAACCGGCUGCUUUUAGUCUAAUACCAAAUCUGAAGUUGCUGUUUCUCAAUGACAAUUUGUUGAGAACUCUCCCAACAGAUGCUUUUGCAGGCACUUCUUUGGCCAGGCUUAAUCUUAGAAACAAUCAUUUUCUUUACCUUCCUGUCACAGGAGUAUUGGAGCACCUUAAUGCUAUUGUGCAGAUUGAUCUGAAGCAGAACCCAUGGGAAUGUACCUGUGAUAUUGUUCCUUUAAAACAGUGGAUAGACACAAUUAGCUCUGUCAUUGUAGUCGGGGAAGUUUUGUGCAGAAGCCCAGAAAAUCUUACAAACAAGGAUCUAAAGUCAAUUGAAAUGGAUGUUUUAUGUCCAGAAAUGAUGCAUGCUGCAGCACCUUCACCUGUUCUGCCUGGAAACAUGGUGCCCACAAGUUCUUCUGUAUUUGAAUUUACCACACCAGGGGGUGCCAUUCCACUGUCUGUCCUUAUUCUCAGUCUUUUAAUCCUGUUUUUCUCUGCUGUUUUUGUGGCUGCAGGCCUUUUUGCCUUUGUGCUGAGAAGGCGUAAGAAACUGCCUUUCAGAAAGAGACAAGAGGUGGAUUUGACUGGCAUUCAGAUGCAGUGCAGAAUCUUUGAGGACAGACCAAACAGCUCCCCUGAGAAGGCUGCCGGUCAUGUUUAUGAUUACAUCCCACAUCCUGUAACCCAAAUGUGUAACAAUCCUAUCUACAAACCUAGAGAGGAAGAAAUGGGGGCAGAAUUUGCAGAGACAAAAGAGAAUAACACGAACUAUAGGACUUUAAUAGAAAAAGAGAAAGAGUGGACAAUGGCAGUGUCAAACUCUCAACUAAACACAAUAGUUACUGUUAACCAGUCGGGGGAAGUACCAAGCUUCCAUGAAAAUGGAGUACUCUUCCCUGGUGUGAUGGACAGAGAAAGGCCAUCUCCUACAGUAGGGUUUGUGGACUGUUUGUAUGGCACAGUGCCCAAAUUAAAGGAACUGCAUGUACACCCCCCAGGCAUGCAAUACCCGGACUUACAACAGGAUGCCAGACUAAAAGAAACCCUUCUUUUCUCUGCUGGAAAGGGGUUCUCAGACCAAACCCAAAGUGAAUACCUCGAGUUAAGGGCCAAACUCCAAACCAAGCCGGAUUACCUCGAAGUCCUGGAAAAAAACACUUAUAGGUUCUAAUAUUGGAUCAUUUCAUAGUGCCCAAAAACGCAUGAUUCAAGAUGAUACCGUUGUGCUCCCCAAAUUGUUUUGGAGGAAAGGGCCAUACUCUAAAUAUAAUUAAUUGAAGUGCCUUCGCAGACUUUUGCCAGCAAAGUUAUCAAUCAUUAUUUUUUAUAUAGGAAUCUAAGAAACUUUACUGUGCCAUGUAAGGUAUAGGGGUAUUUGUACUGAACCUGAUAAAUGAUUCCACAUGUUGUUUUUUGGCAGUAACUAAAAUCUUUUCACUAGGGGGAAUAGAAUUGGUAUUGUGGCUUCCUUAUACAAAGCAACGCCCAUGGCACAGUUCCUGUAUAUUGAUGCAGUUUGCUGCAUGCCUAAAAACUGCAGGGGAGGGUAAUGCUCGAAUGUUCUCACCCAAACCACUAAUGACCCAUCUGUGUUUCUUUUCUCUGCAAUACAACUACCAAAACCCUGGAGUUACUGCAACGCUUUCUUGUUCAAUGUUUAUUUGAUUUACCCCAUUUUCCAAUGCAGAAAACCAAUCAAUGUACACAAGACAGCUAGGGAUCAACAUCUUUGUGAAUUCAUGAUGACGCCAAGAUUUUCUGCAGCUCACUGCACUUUCUUUAGAAAUGCUACUGGGUAUGUAUCACUAACAGCUUUGUAGGAAGCACUUUUAAUGUCUUCUCUCACCCCUCUUUGAGUCCUAAGCCUACCCCAUACACCAAGAUUUUUACAAAAUGUGCAUAUAUUUAUUCUGUAAUUUCAGUGAAUAUUAAUUGUAAAGGUAAUGUUUAAUCAAUGUAUAGUGAUUAUGCGUCUGGUAUAGCUUUCCUAAUAAAAUAAUUUAAAAUGGUACCUACAUAUACAAAUAUAUACAAAAAGGCUUGAUGAUCAGAUUUAGCUAUUCCCUGUAUAAUUUACAUUCAUCAGUCAGACUGAGCAGCAUUACUAAUUUACUGAAAUCAGGUCACCGUUAAGAGGUAAAACACUAUGAGAUAAUGUGGCAAGUUUGGAUUAUAGUUUUUCUUUGUUUGGAAAACAGCAGCACUUUAAGCAUUUUUGUAGAUUCCUAAAUAGCAAAUGGGGUUAACAAGAUAAUAGAAUUAUAUCUGUAACGCUGGAUACCAUUGUAACUGAGAGUAAAUUAGUUAAUAAUUUAUCAAGACAAAGCCACAUAAUUUAUCUAGUGCAAAAAUCGCUAUCGUAUUUCAAUCUAUUAGCAAGGAAUCACUAUAUUUUUCCUAUUAUAGUUUAUUAGACAUAAAAGUUAAAUGUAUAAAUAUUUUAACUGGUAAUAUAUAUAUAUCUGUAUAUUGAGAUAUCCCACUCUUAUAAGCUAAAUUUUUUUUUUCUAUAUUGAUAAAUAAAGGCAUGAGAAACCCAAAACGAAUCCAAAGAAUAA